CUGACAUCAGUUUCCGGGGCGGAGUGAUAUAUUCCCACGUAUUUUACAGAGGAAAUUUUAUAUAGCUUUGAAAAAUGGAUGAGGGAAGUUUGUCACCGUGAAUAUUUCUUCUUCUUAUUUGAUAGCGUUCCGUUAAGUUUGUUUCUUCAGCACGAAUCGAAUAACAAGCCACUCUUGACAUCGCCAGAGUUAUGAAAACUUUCACACAUUCGUCGUAAUCUCUCAUCGAGCUUUCAAGUACGAGUACACUACUUAAAACUGAGUGCACAAAAUUGUUAACAGACGCUUCUUAAACAGCCUUGGAAUUCUCACAUGUUACACAUCCACAGUCUUCCAAGAAAGAAUGAAGAAAAGAUUUUGCGUUUCGAUGAGCGAAUGUUCUAAAUCCUAGAACGAUACAAGUUUGAGGUUUCUUUACUCGCCAGUUAUUGAAUUAUAAUAAAUUAUAAUAUAUUUUAUCAUUCAUACCAGAUUGAAGCCAGGAUGGAUUUAUGUAUUAGCGACGGCUGAUAACUGGUAAAGAUCGGUGUUUAUGUUGUUGUGGUAAUUAUUCAUCAUGAGGUAAGCCAGUACAUGCGAGAAACUAAUGCUCAUUGGAAAAAACUUCUACUGUCUGCUUUCGAAUUUUUUGGUAAGCAAGAUUAUUUUAUUCUGAAACGUUUCCGAAUGAUUUCAAUAUUGAUUGCUUAGAAGAAGAAAAAAGCAUCAAAUAACAGAAUUGUAAGAUUUUGUACUUCAUAUAAUGUGUAAUGUUGCAAUUAUUCUCCUGUUCCGGCAGUAACAGAGUGACCAGUCUCAUUUAAACAAGCCUCUUACAGCAGCUAUGUCUACUUCUCUGAGCGUAGACGCGUCUAUUACUCCAACACCUUCGGGUUACAAGAUGAACGGAGUUUCGCCUCGAACAAAUCUCAAUCUCAAUGCCCUAAGUGUAUCGAAACCCAGUCUGACCAGGUUAUCACCUACUGAUUUCAUUAAUAGCGACAGCGGAACAGGGAAACCACUGUUAAACCUGUCUCCAGGCAGAACCUAUCCGUGUUCUCAUCUCUUUUUUUCACCAAAGUCCUCCUCCAAGUCCACAGUAGCCCCUCAGGAGAAAAGUGCUUAUCAAACAAUGGCCGCGCUAGCGUUGGUAUGUCUGCUGGCCUUGCUCAUGGCUUUAUUGGCCGUCUUGUUUCUGGAUAAACUCUCUCCACGGCCCUUUAACGUAGUGGUCAGAACAGGUGAAUAUGUUUUGGUCCACCAAGUGUCCGUAGCCUUGAGUACCUUGACAAUUUCUCUUAACAUGUGCUGCGUGUUCGUCUGCUUCCUUCAGUUGUUGUUUAUCAUGAAGUUCCUCAGGGGAUCUGAGAACGUGGAUAGAAUAGCAUGGUACCUCAUGAAAACUAGUUGCACUCGGACAAUAGCAGCAGGAUGUUUCUUCCUUUCAAUACCAAUCUUCUGUACAGGUGUCAUCCUUUUUACUUUCAUUAGUUUUCAUGAGAGUUCAGCUAUAGUGACAAGUGUAGUCAUGGGAAUAGGGAUAAUAUUUUGUGGAGCAGCUUCAGUUCAUAACAUGUAUUUGUGGCAAGGAGAGAAGAUAAGCACAAGAUACCGGUUAUCAAAAAGAAAACUCCACGAAACAAGCCUGCAACCGGACUUAACAGCUCAUGUUACAGAGCUUUCCACACUUGUAUGACUGAGUUCAUGAUACAGAGUUCAAGUUUCUCUGUCAAAUUAAAGCAGUUUAAAAUUGAUAAGUUCUUUGAUUCUACAGGUGCAUAGAAUCAGCUAGUAACUGAGAUACCUAACAAUGGUAGUGUGACAAGAUGUUACUCAACAAUCCAAAGGGAAAAAAAAACAUGUUUGAAUACUGUUAACUAAAUGAAAAUGUUUCUAUAAAAAUAUUAACCACUAUCCAUUAAUUUUAAGACUGUAAUUACACGUUACUAGCUAGCAGUGUUUUACCCAAAAUAAAAUCCUCGUGAACAUUUAUUCCGGAAGAGCUGAGCAUCAUUUUCUAUCAGAAAUGAAGGUAAUUUUCACUUACUAAAUAAACAAUACAUACAACGUAUCUCCUCACUACAUUUCUUUUCACCAUCUUGUAAAUUUUAUUAUAACCACAUUUCUAAAUUUAUAAGCCACUAAAAACUUGAACAUUAAAAUAAAAAACA